GUUUAGUCAGGAUAACAGGAUAACUGUCCUCAAAUUGAACAAAGUGAAAGACAUCCUCUCCAACAUCUCAGCUCGUUCCCAAUUCCUAUUCACCUAUAACUACAUUCAGACUUGAUCUGGUAUCAUGGCCGCCGCCCAGGUCCAGCUACCCCCCACGACGGGACCCUUUGGCGGCCCCUCGGCAUCGGAAUCCACCCAGACGAUCUCGGUUGCGCAAAAGAAGACUACCGUUCCGGGUCGCCAUGUUGAAACAACUCUCAACUACUACAAGCCCAACGAGGACGGCUCCCCUCCUUAUGCCACCUACGUUGACCGCCCAGAGACCUACGAGCGACCCAACGACGUACGUCCCGUGACGAUCCACGACAUCUCUGGUCAUGAAGAAGAUUUCACAUUGGACGGCCAGGGAUUCCAGGUCCAUCGUCAACCUGUUACCGAGAAGGACUUUGUCGAUGAUGACCAGAUAAAGGCUUCGUAUUAUCCAGAGACGGAGCAGCUGCUCAAGGACGUCACCGGCGCAUCCCGAGUCUUCAUCUUCGACCACACCAUCCGCCGCCCACCACCCGAGUCGGAAACCAAGAGCAACCGAGGCCCCGUCCAGCGAGUCCACAUCGACCAAUCCUACAGAGCCGCCCUGUCCCGCGUCCCCCACCACCUCCCCGAGGAGGCCGACCGCCUCCUGCGCGGCCGCGUGCAGAUCAUCAACGUCUGGCGGCCCAUCAAGACGGUCGAGCGCGACCCCCUAGCCGUGGCCGAGGCGUCUUCCGUGCCGGACGAGGAUUUGGUCAUGAUCGAGCUCAUCUACCCGAACCGCCGCGGCGAGACGUACCACGUCAACUACCGUCCCGCCCAUCGGUGGCACUAUAAGAGCGGCCUCACGCCCGACGAGGUCCUCUUGAUCAAGUGCUUUGAUAGCAAGAAGGAUGGUCGCGCUAGGCGUGUUCCGCAUACUGCUUUCGUGGACCCUACUGCGGCCCCCGACGCGCCUGCCCGUGAGAGCAUUGAGAUUAGGGCGCUUGUUUUCCAUGAGAAUGAUGAUCAUGAAUGAGUAGGGGAUGUUUGGGGGUUUUAAUUUGAAUAUGCGUAGCUGAAUGUAUUCGUGCCGCUCUUUUCGGUCCACGCACCGUUAGUAAGGUGGCUGAGUGUAUAGGCAGUAUGCUUCUAGGAGACGUUUGGCUACAUGAGGCGGGUGGAACUAGAUCGUAAUGGG